AUGCCUAUCAACGAAGUCGACGCGGAGUUGCUCGGCGUGUACCUCUGCUGCCUCACCUAUGGCAUGUACCUCAUGAUCUUCUGGCAAUGCGUGCACGCAUUCUACAAGCGCGGCUUCUCGACCUCGCGGACGUACUGGCUGCCUAUAGCCACACUGCUCAUCUUCAUCGUCACCACCAUCCACCUGGUGACGGCGCUCAUACGCGCCUGGCAAGCCUUCCACUGGCAGCCCGACGGCCGCGAGGCCGCUCAGCGGGUAUUCCAGAACGAAGCGAGUUUACCGGGUCUUAUGAAGAAUGGCGCGUUCGUGUCGCAGACGAUUAUCACGGAUGGUAUCAUGGUGUACCGGACGUACAUCGUAUGGGCGUCGAACUGGGUGCCGGUGAUUGUGCCCAUGCUGGCGUUUUGUGCGGAUAUCGCUAUGGGCGUAUGGUCUAUGUGGACGCUCGCGCAUACCGGCGUCGACGGAGAUCCCAUCGUAAAAGACGUUGUCACGCGCGUGAAAUACUUCUACGUCGUGACGCUCGUGCUUAACGUCGUAUGCGCUGCCCUCAUCGCGUUCCAGAUCUGGCGCUUCGACGCUGCUCGUAGACGUGUCGAUUCUGAUGCUCCGCGCCGGUUUGGUGGGAGCCGGCUGGGGCAGGUCGUGAACAUCAUCAUCGAGUCUGCGGCGAUAUACUGCGCAUGCCUCGUGAUCCUCAUCGCGACGAGCGAAGUCGGCUCAGACGCGAUGUUCGCCGUCUUGGACAUGAUGCCCAACAUCAUCGCAAUAAUCUUCACGCUCAUCAUCGUCCGCGUCUUCCGCGGCACAUCCUUCAAAACCGCCUACCACUCCCACCCCGACGACAGGCACCACGCCACGACGGGCCUCGCGUCCAUGCGCUUCGGCACGCGCCCGGCGACGCAGGCCGAGUCGGACGAUCUCGAGCUGGGCGACAAGACCGAGCCGCAUGUGCGCGUCGAGCUUCCGCACGAGUCGAGGGCGUCGAGCGGGGGGCCGACGGGGACGUACGGCUCGGCGGAGAGCGCGGCGUAUGUGAAGGCUCAAUGA